AUGGAAAGUAAGUUCCUUAAUACAAUCCUCCGUGAGAGAUCAAAACUAAUAAAAAAUCCUUAAUUUUUGGGUAAAAAGCUCACCCUUCGCAAGCGAACAAAAAAUAUGUUUUAUAAAAAACUUUUUUUUUUUAUGAAAAAAUAUUUUGGUACAUAAGUAACUAUUAUAAUGAAAUAUCAAGUUAAUUCUGUUCAAUGCCAAUUAGCUUGCAUUUAUAAACAUAAUUUUCACAAAUUAUUCAAUAUUUGCUUUUAAAUUAUUUCGAAUUUUGAUUUUUUUUAAAAUGUUGAAAAUAAAAACUACUUUAAAAUUUAUAUAUAAUAAAUAUUGUAAAUCCCCAAUAAUAGCCCCAUAAGCGGUUGAAUUACCCGCUGAGUUUAAAAUUUGGUCUGACCAAAACUAAUAAUUUUUGUCAGACCAAAUUGUAAUUUUAGCAGAAAAUUCAUCAGCUUAAAGAACUAUUCAUAGGAAAUAAGUAGAUUGUAGACCCUCCGUAAUAGAACAAAAUUUUUUUUUCACUCACGGAUGGGAGAGUUAAACGUUUUCGCGGACGAAUUUUAUCCCUAGAAAAGUCUGAGCGAUUCGACUCCUUAGUUCCUAUCAAUAAAAACAUAAAACCUUCUCAAAUUUAUAAAGAUGACUCUCCAGAUCCUACUCCAAGAAAAUCUUCGAAAUCAAGUUUUCAUAGCUACCACCAAGAUUCCUGGAAAAACGCACACAAAAUAACCUCAUCCUUUGAAAAGCCUCCCACUCCCUAUAUCAAUUGAGCUGAUAAGCACCAAAAUGUAAGAAUGAGUGUUGGAAAUUCCAGGCUUAAACGAAAAAUGAAAACUUUAAGAGACGAAUAUUUUUCAAAUACUCCGAAAAUAGAAGGAAUACCGAAUCUUCCAAUUAAAUUAAUAAACUCAAGCUAUCAGUCUGAUGCAGAGCAGAAUUAUAGCUUGAGAUUUACACCUGUUAUGAAAAAAUACUCAUAUUCGAUAAAGAUGAGAAAUAAAGAUCUCUCGUCUCCGACUGACAGAGAAUACUUAACACCGAUAGGAUAUGACUAUAGUCCUGUAAUUUUUAGUAAAAACAAGUAUAAAUUUUAA